AAAAACCCCUCCUCGCCCCUCUAUGCUUUCUCGAACGGUCACCAUGGCCACCUCCAAAGCCGACUACUACCACCCCAUACACGUACCCAUUCCCCCACACCAGAAUUACGUCGUUCUAACCCCAUACUACCACUCCUCCAACCGUCGCCGUUUACGUAUAAUCUGCACCGGUUUGAUCAUCCUCCUAGCCGCCGUCGUUUACAUCUUCUGGCCCGCGGACCCGGACGUCAAGAUCGUUAGGCUCCGCCUGAACAGGAUCCACGUCCACACUUUUCCCCGCGUAUCCGUGGACAUAUCCAUGUUCGUGACGGUGAAGGUCCGAAACACCGACGUUUACUCUAUCGACUACAAGAUGAUUGACGUGGCAGUCGGGUACAGAGGAAAGAAGCUGGGUCACGUGAGGUCGCACCGGGGACACGUGAGGGCCAGAGGGUCGUCCUACGUGGAUGCCCUUCUGGAUUUCGACGGAGUGGAGCUCAUGUCCGACGCGGUGUACCUGCUUAAGGACCUAGCCAAGGGUAGGGUGCCGUUUGAUACUCGAACGGAGAUUGAAGGCCAGCUCGGCCUGUUCUUCAUUCAAGUCCCACUGUCGGCAAAAGUAUCAUGUGAGGUGUUGGUAAAUACGAUCAAUCAGACAAUUGCUCGGCAGAAUUGUGUCGCUGAGUGAUGAAUUUGACUGCCAUGCAUAAGGUGCCGCAAAGCAAGAAGGUUCAGAGGGUGUCUAAGCUCCCUAAAUUUGUUUACAUAUUGAAACAGGUUCGAGUAUAUGAAAUUUGAAGCAUGGAUAGUCCAUGCUAAUAUUCUGUACACCACAUGCCUUGGGCAUUGUGAAAUAUAUAUUUUAAUAUAUGGUGAUUGUAGGGGAAGUGACUCGGGUGUAAAGAUGAUUAUUCUCUGAUAAUUUAUUACAGAGACAAUUAAAUAUUACCUUUACCUACCAGAACUUCUACGUAGUUUUGUGCAAGUGCUUUUGGGAAUCAAGCCAGGGUUAUGACGUUUGUAUGGUGAAUAUAUUCUUUGUAGUGGUGUUCACAGAGGGGAGGCUUUUGUUUAUUUAUUUUUUAACCGUAGUGGCAAGUGAGUGGUGCAAUUUGUGCUGGUUUACUUUGGUUUGGCCUCAAAUAGCAAAUUUGAAGGUUAAAUUUGCAACUUCAAGAGCUAAAAUCAGAAGGUUGAGUAUUGGAAACCAAACCAACCGGCAAAAGCCUCGUUUCAAUACCUCAUAGCUCACGCAUUCAACUUGGCCCACCAGUAAGCAUGUUCCAGUUUUAUUUCCAUUGAAAUCCAAAAAGAAUCCGCAACAAAACAAGAAACCGAAACGACUGGAACCUUGUGCCAGUUCGUCCACCUUUACCGCCUCAUAGAUCAUGCUCUUCGCGAUGAGUUUGCCGCUAGAGCGAGCCUCUGCAGCAGAUAAGCUUCAUCUUUUAGGACCAGUCCCCGUGUGCUAUAUAAUUCUACUGACAAAUAAAAAGCCAACAAAAAAGCACUCGCUUUUCUAAAAGCAAAUCCAAAAUCUUUUCUCUUAAUCAUACCUCACCUUUCCUUGGCUUCUUUGCCUUCCUUCCUUUUCUUCACUACUAAGAAUGGAACAUAGUGAUCUCUCCUAAUUCAAAUCAAAUAUAUAUAUAAGCCAUCAACCGAAGAUAAGAGGAAGAAUAAACGUUGAUGUGUCACCCAGACUUUUUCUUGGUUGAAGUCGCCGAUGACCGGAGAAAUAGAAGAAGAAGAAGGCAACCUGUAUGGGCAGAGACGGCCACGGUGGAGGCUAACCAGCAAGCACAAACCGAACUAGCUAGAGAGGUCAAUAGAGAUGGGGCGACAAAGAAGUACUGCAUGUGUUCACCCACACGCCACCCGGGUUCAUUCAGGUGUAGAUAUCAUCGGUCUGAGUAUAUAUGGCUAGGACGAAGAGGACCCAUGUCCAGAUAGAUUUUAUACGUUUUGUUGCACUUGCAUACAUAGGAAAAAGGAUUUACCUGCUAAAAGCCUAAAACAUCCAUGUACUUUGUGCUUCCCAAGUAAUAAAAUUCUGACAUAUAUGUCUUAGCCUUGUAAACGAGUUUUGGGCUGCUUUAUACUGUCACGAAUCGAAUAUAUCUGUAACCAUCUUGACAUUUUUUA